UUUUACGUGCCGACAUCUAAGACAUCAUGGUUGCCUAUGGGGAGUGUCAAACGACGUCGUGGCACUGCUAAUGCGCUGGUACUCCCACCCCGCGAAAAAGAAUAUUCGAGAGAGUAUCGACCUGAUAGGGGAAGAGAGAGGUUCUCGUGAGGCGUUUUGGCGAAGAUCCUGGAAGAAGGAAGUGCUAGAACGUAGCCGAAGAGGAGAAAAGAAGUUUUCGAGAAGGUUUUGGCGAAGAUCCUGGAAGAAGGAAGUGCUAAGACGUAGCCGAAGAGGAGGAAAGAAGUUUUCAAGACGAUUUUGGUGGAGUUUCUGAAGGAAGGAAGUGGAAGGACGAAGAGGAAGUACUCAAGAUAGAGAUUUUUAUCGUUUUGUUCGAAGCAAGAGGUUUAUUUGAGCCGUUUUCGUAUCGUCCACCACAGAAAAGAGGAAUUUUAUCGUUCGUUUUUUUAUCACCGCACCCAAGUGAAGAGUUCCUGGAAGAACCAAGCUUAUCGUGAUGCCGUUGCAGUGAGUAGCUUAUUGUCGUCCCUGUUGUUCCCUUGAAGAGACCAUAUCGAGCCGACGACUUUGAUUUUCGCUGUUGUUCCUGCGGAGCCGCCGCUAACCUUGAAGUUUUUCUUCGGAUCCAGAGGUCUGUGACGCCGCUGUUUCUUUAUCAAUCCCAAUCCAGACGAAGAGGAGCUGCUGAUAACUACGGUUACGAGCUAAGUCCACUCUAACGCCUUAUAGUUCUAAUUUUCCAUUUAGUCGCCCGGUCACAGCUAUCUUUAUCGAAAUUCUUGGAAGUUUUUUUUUGUUUUUUAAUUUAUCAUAUCGCAAAAUAGUUUUGAACGAGGACACAUGAAUACAUUUCAUUUUCUAAUAUAUUACGUUAAUAUAUUUCAGUGAUAGUCCCUUCUGGACGUUAAUGGUAUUUUUUUUUGUGAAAUAUUAGAAGAAUUUCAUUUAAUCAACACUUGUCAAUUUUAUUAUCCGUUGAAUAUAUUUUUAGUUUUUUUUUCCUGUGUUUUCUUGUGGCUUGAUUCUUCUCGACUGUUUACUCGACGUAGCGGAGUAAACUACCCCAACAGGAAGCUACGUGGCGCCCAAUACAAAAAAAAAUAAUAAGAACUCUCCGAACCGCGACCCGCCCCGGCUAAAGAGCUGCCGUUCGCUGUAAAACCCUCCGAAAGAGGGUUAUAAACGUAACAGAAAUAAAAUAACUGUUUCGAUAAUUGUUGUAUGAGUAAUAUUCGCUGGUUGAUGAACCCGUCAAAAACCAGAAAUUAAUAACACACAAUGGGCUCAAAUAUACAAAAAGACCAAGUUCAAACCGUGAAAAUACAUAUAAACCAAUAACAAUGAGGCUACUCAAUGACGUCAUCAUGUCCCAUGAACUUUGUGACGUCAAGGAUAGUACAACACUAUUCACUUAUAAUGUACAACUGAUAUAUUGUUUACUUCCAAUUAUAAGUAUUUUUUUCCAAAUUAAUGACAAAAUCACGUUUUGUACAUCGCACUAAGUAAACACUAGUGUGAUUUAAAAAUAAAAAUAGCAGUAUUUGUUUGACCAUUGACUACUAGGUAACCAGUUUAGUUUUGCGUGUCAAACCAUACUUGCUAUUGUAUAAAGAAUGGCUCAACCUGAAGUUACAAUCCAACAAGGAACCCUGCGUGGUUCUACAGCCACUGAUCUCCGUGGCAACACCUUCCUUAAAUUCCAGGGAAUUCCAUAUGCCAAACCACCACUGGGCGAUCUUAGAUUCAAGGCCCCUGUUCCUCCCGAAAAAUGGACCGGGGUUUUCGACGCCACCAAAGAAGGCAGCAUCUGCUACCACGUUAUCAAACAAGGCAUCCUCGUGGGUACCGAAAACUGCUUAGUUCUGAACGUCUACACGAAAAAACUCCCCAAAGACCAGAAAGAUCUGCGUCCGGUCAUGUUCUGGAUCCACGGUGGGGCGUUCGUUUGGGGGCACGGCGGCGAAGACCUCUACGGUCCCGAUUACCUGAUCACCGAAGACGUGGUUGUGGUUACCAUCAAUUAUCGUCUUGGUCUUUUCGGGUUUGUCAGUUUUGACGAUCCGUCUUUGGAAAUACCAGGGAACGCCGGUUUGAAAGACCAAGUCAUGGCUUUAAGAUGGGUCCAGGAGAAUAUCGACAUGUUUGGUGGGGAUCCCAAUAAUGUAACUAUUUUUGGUCAGAGCGUUGGUAGUGCUUCAGUCCAUUUGAUGGUACUGUCACCUUUAGCGAAGGGGCUUUUCCAUAAAGCUAUAGCGCAAAGUGGGUGUGCUACAUGUCCAUGGGUUCGAGCGAGCAAAGGGGCGAAACGUGUGGCUGAAAUAAUGGGUCUUGAAGGGACAGACGAUAAAACUGUUUAUGACAAUCUAGUAAAGAAAUCAACCGAAGAGGUUCUAGAAAUUCAAAAUAAAAUGGACGAGGAAAUCAUACCUUACAAACCGAGGUAUGUAGGUUUCGUCAUAGAAACAAACUCGAAAGAACCGUUCCUGGUAGAAGAACCCGUUAAAAUUAUGAUGUCUGGCAAAUUCAACCAGGUACCAUUUAUAAUAGGGCACACUACUUUAGAGGGCGCUAUUCUUGACAUGUUGAAAAUACAAACUCAAGCUGAAGCCCCAGAUUUCGAAAAACUCAUUCCAUGGUCGUUUGGUUAUGAAGUGGGUUCUCCUGAAUCCAAAACUGUGGCUACCAAGAUGAAAAAAUUUUACUUUGGCGACGAAGAAUAUUCCCGGAAGCUUCUAAGAAACAAAUACGAGGUUUUGUCUGAUAUUUACUGCAUUUAUGACGUUUAUAUUACAACAAUCAUUCAAUCCGCCGUUUCUAAAGCACCUACUUACUUCUACAGGAUGUCAGUCGAGACCAAGCUAAAUUUCUUAAAAACGCAUCUGAAGAUUCAAAUUCCAGGUGUUUGUCAUUGCGAUGAUCUUGGAUACCUUUUCAAGCAUUUUGCCACUCCGGAAAUAGUGCCUGGUAGUGUUGAAGAGGUCUGUCUUACUCGCUUUGUCAAGUUGUGGACCAAUUUUGCCAAAUUUGGAAAUCCGACUCCUGAUACAAAUGACGAUUUGCUGAAAGUGGUGUGGAAACCUGUAACGGAUGCCAGUGUGGAUUUUCUUGAAAUUGGGAAAGAAUUAGAAGCCAAGUCAAAUCCGGUGACUGAAAGAUUGCUGCUGUGGAAACGCGUGUUUGAUGAGAGUCCAACUGGCAAGAAACGGAAUGUUGCUAAGAUGAAGGGCUCCAAAUACUAG